AUGGCAGACUUCCCAUCCAAAGUUGACACGAUGACCAGCUCCCCCCAGGCCCAGAGCUCGCAUCACAGGGGCAACAGCCUCCAAGGGCUGGCUGCUGAUAUCACCAUGAUGAUGAAUAGGCCCUUUGUUCGAAGCAUCCCAGCCAUCCUUAUGAUAGCUGAAAUAGUUUUUGGGCUGUUCCAGUGGGCAUUGAUAGCCAGUGCCACCUACAUGGUGGUACCAGCAUACGGCUGGGUGUUAUUUGUGGCCAUCACACUGUGGAUCACCACCACAAUCCUUUUCUUCAUGAUCCUGUUCGAUGCCCAGGAAAAGCUCACCGCUGUCCCCUGGCCCCUGACGGUGAUGUUGUACCACGGCAUAGCCACAGUCCUCUAUCUGUCCGCCUUCCUGGCCAACGCAAUAUCUGUCCAGCCUUUCUAUAAAAGCUAUUAUUAUGGUCAUAUGGCAGCUGCUGCAUUCUUUGGUGCUGUCGUGACCGUGGCUUAUGGUGCCAAUGCUUUCUUCUCCUAUUUGCACUGGAGGGGAGAUGGAGGGAAUGCUGCCACCACCACGGUGCUGACCUAGGACUCAAACCUGUGAUACCACUCCUGGGAAAAGACUUCCUUGUGUUUUCAAUUCCUCAAGACACUGUAGCUGUUCAGAUAGUCUAGUGCUGAUACUCAACCUUCAGCACACUGUCACUUAGCAACCAAAAUCCUGGCCUUGACCUAACCCCAGAACAUACAGUCUCCAUAUGAUACUUUUCAGGUCAGCUCAACAGGCUUACACAGAACACAGCAUCAAAAUAAGUGGAUCAUAAACACAAAUGUGGCAAUUGACAGGAUAUCUCAACAACACACCAUCAACCCAAUAUUUCCUUGAAGGAGGAAGUGAAUUGCACUGAGGCCUCACAUUCAGACCAUCCUAAUGCUUAUAUGGAUGGAAUAGACUUCAUACACACAUUUUAUAUCAUUCUAGUCAGAGCACUACUGUAUAUAGUUACUAACACCUCCAGGCUGAAAGUAGCAAGAUAGCAGUGAAGUAUACUUUUCAACAUGUCAGACUCCUACUUUAAAAUAAGAUCAUCCCCAUAGAGCUUGGGCGAAAUUUGAAUUGGAAGAAAAGAAAUUUGAAUUGCAGUGUAAAUUCAGUUAUUUGUUCAUAUUCUGAUUAACAUAUUCUACCACUUUCAUAGAUCCUGAUUAGCCUAUACCAGAAAAUGUGAAAUAUGUGGAUGUUUGAUACCAUGAGGUCCAUUUUCAUGAAUUAGUUUGAUUAAAAGACCCCAUAUCAGCACAAAAUAAGAUGCAUACAGGUUCUUGUAUUAUUGCUGCCUCACAGCUAGGAGAGGAAAGAUCACAUUUGCACCAUGGAGUGUAAAAUGUUUCCAUUCAUUUGUCAAUGUGGCAUCUGAGAGGGAGAAAGAAUAGAUCACAAGAACCUUUGACAAACCUGACAGCUCAAACUUUGACACCAAAGACUUUGAUUUUAAACGUUCAGUAGUAUAGAACAGUAUGUCUAGGUCUGUUAUCCAUCAAGGAGCGACAUGAAGAAAAAUAAUUAUUGAAAUAUGAAAAAUAUUUUUUCUUUACAGAGUGUGGUGUUACUCCCAUAAAGUGACACAGCAGCAGAGGAGGCUAUGACUGCUGGCAUAGUGUCUGUGUCCUGCAAAAAUCGGUUUUGAUUCCCUUUGCUGAAUAGUCAGAUGACAUUUCACAUGCUCUCACAGAAACACAUUAACCCCAUGUAGACAGACCCAAAACACAAACAAAAUUAGAAACACAUAGUACAUUCUAAACAUUUUGUAAGGCUGUGAAGAUGCAGUAUUCCUGCAGGACAUAACUUCUUUUAG